AAGGAGAAGCGUUAUGAGUGCGACGUGUGUGGCAAGGCGUGCCGGAGUCCGAGCGAGCUGGAGAUCCACCGGCGGGUUCACACGGGCGAGAAGCCCUAUGGAUGCAACACCUGUGGCAAGAGCUUUACCCAGUUGUCGGGGCUGCGGGAGCACCAGCGGGUGCACAGCAGUGAGCGGCCCUUCACCUGCUCCGACUGUGCCAGAGGCUUCAAGUCAUCCAUGCAACUGAAGGUACACCGGCGCCUGCACACCGGGGAGCGGCCCUACACCUGCAGCGACUGCGGCAAGAGCUUCACCCGCUCCGACCGCCUACUGGAGCACCAGCGCAUCCACACCGGUGAGCGGCCCUACACUUGUGUCCAGUGUGGCAAGGACUUCACCCACUCUAGCAGCCUGUUGGAGCACCACCGCACCCACACCGGCGAGCGUCCCUACACCUGUGUCCAGUGCGGCAAGGGCUUCAUCCACUCCAGCAGCCUGCUGGUGCACCAGCGCACCCACACCGGCGAGCGUCCCUACACCUGCUCCCAGUGCGGCAAGGGCUUCACCCACUCCAGCAGCCUGCUGGAGCACGAGCGCACCCACACCGGCGAGCGCCCCUACAACUGCGCCCAGUGCAGCAAGGGCUUCACCACCUCCACCAGCCUGCUGGUGCACCUGCGUACCCACACCGGCGAACGCCCCUACACCUGCGUCCAGUGCGGCAAGGGCUUCACCAACUCCAGCAGCCUGCUGGAGCACCAGCGCACCCACACCGGCGAGCGUCCCUACACCUGCGCCCAGUGCAGCAAGGGCUUCACCACCUCCAGCAACCUGCUGAAGCACCAGCGCACCCACACCGGCGAGCGCCCUUACACCUGCUCCCAGUGCGACAAGGGCUUCAUCUGCUCCACCAGGCUGCUGUCCCACCGGCAGGUGCACGCCGGCGACCAUCCCGUUCCCAGCCCGGUGUGUGGAGAGCGCUUUGCCAUGGCCUCCCACGCCCUGUCUCACCAUCGCGUACACACCAGUGGCCAGCACUACGAUUGCCCGUACUGUGAUGAGGCGUUUGACAGCUCGCGGGGGUUGUGGCAGCACCGGCGGACCCACGCCGGCGAGCGACUGCUCCCACUGCAGCAA